AUGUCUGGAGUGGAGGUAAUUGCUGUUGUCGCGUGUGUGGCUGCUGGUAAGGAAUACUUCUCCCAUUCGGCUACCCGGCUUCAAGCUUACAUCUAUAUGACAGUCAUCUCCGCCUACCACGAUGGCAGCGCUGUCUUCCAGGAGGUCAGAAAGAAAUGGCGCGAACGCCGAACCCCUCACCCCCAGGCAGCCUCUUCCACCGCCAUUGACCUGGAGAAUUCGCUGCAGCGGAGCAGAGUCGAUAUUCUAACCCAGUGGAACGGACACGUCGGUCGCCUCGGCCAACGGUUCGAAGUCGGCGAUGAAAUCGCCCAAGCUACGAUGAAGGAUAUCCUCAUCGGGCUGCAGAUAACACUGCUCACGCACCUCCGCGAAGACGGUGCCCACCUCGACAUUUUCGCCCUCCUCAACAUCUCCGAUCUGAGUCGUGCCAGAACCAUCUCCGCCAUGCACGAACUAUAUCAGCGCUUAGCACAAACAGCCCCAAUACCAUGGCAAAUGAUGUCGCCCGUUGCGCCGGGCCUACCUAUUAUCGAACCACACUCGGGUCUCGCUCAAUAUAUUGGUGUUAUCAACACACUGUCGUCCAGCCAAGCACCUACCGAACAGCAUUCAUAUCCUGCAGGUUUCUACUACUCGCCGGGUCAACCACCGCCAGGUCAAAUACCUGGCCGAGUUUUUACUGGUAGUAUAUCUAGCUCGCCGCCGGAAAUCACCUCGGCUAGUCAUCGCCCCUCAGUUGAUGCAGGAAGUCCCCGGGACAGAGGCGAUAGAAGGUUCAGCUCGAUCAGUUCAACAUUUAAUUGGCUUCGGGACCGACGCAGAUCCUCCGUGGAAUCCAGCGAUCGAAGCGAGCGAGAUGAUCGAUCCGACAUUGCAGCUUUUUCAGGGUUACCUUCAGGAGUACCGACAGGGCUCCCCUCCCCACCGCAGAGCUCCUAUGUAGAGCCCAGCGGCGCACGUCAAAUUCCACAGAGAAGGCCCUCCGAGCUUGAGGCACCAGUUGAGCAGAAUGUGCUGAGCGAGAAUCCCUGGAUAUCAGUCAUCGAAGAGAAAGAACAAGAAAGAGAAGAUUAUGACCUCAUUCACGGACAACAGGAACACCAUGGUCAUACAUAUGACUAUAACUAUAGUCCCAGCCAUAUGCAGCAAUAUCAAAACCUUCCACAGCAGCAUCAUCAUCAUAACCAACAGCAGCAGCAACAACAACAACAACCGCAACAGGCACCGGUCCCCGGAUAUCGCCCCGGCUUGAAGACACCACCCCCUACGCAACACAUAUCCAACCCCAACCUCGGCGUACCCAGAGCACCACCAACACCAUCCAUCCACAGUGAUGUGUCUCUCGAUAGCGGCAGCUCGAACCGGAGCGAUGUAAUCAUCCUACCCUUGUCAACCACCGUUGCGCUCUGGCCACCAAGUCGAAGCAACGACUACGCUGGAUUCUGCAAAGGCGCCUGGAAGCAAAACUCCGGUUUCGAGGGAUUCAAAGUCCACUCGGUACCUAUUGGGUACUACAGUCUUGUUCCGAAAUGGAAAUGUGUAAGCUGUUUCUUCGAAAUGCCCAUGGCAUCAACAGAUUCGCACUCGAACUCCCAAUCUCAAUCGCGAGGCAACGGUUCCAAUGACGCGAGCUUCGACCAAAAGGUCUAUACACAUGCAGCCAGUAAAAUCCGAUACCGGUGGUCGUUUCUUGCAAAGUCCCAUAUUGCACGUAAGACACGAAAUAAUGGCGAUGCGUCCAGGAUCGGGACAUUCGGGUGUAUGUUUUGUUGUUUUGAGAAUGAUCGAUCUGCUCUUGCGUUUGGGAGUUUGGAUGUUUUUAUGAAUCAUUUAGGGACGGUUCAUCGGGGGUUUGCGGGGAGUUUGCUCGGUAGUACGAGGUGUGUUGUUGGAAGGGUUGCGGGGGCGGAAGAGAAUUUUGACAUAAAUAUUCUUCCUGCGUAG